GCGACAGUACCUAAAGGGAAUCGCUGACAUAUGACGACACUGCACACGGCACCAUUAUUUUGCCUAUGCUAUAUAAUUUCGCAAUAUGAAGUAAACUGCUGAUGCUGCGCCUCGUGCCUCGUGCCUGCUGGCCUACGUGACGACCCCGGCGCUUCACUUCGAUACUCACAUCGGUCGAGUCAAUAGGCUUUAGUUAUAAGUUAAUAAUUAAUUACUUUGUAAUACAUUUAAAUUUAAUUAAAUAGUUUAGAAAUCUUUUCGGUUUUUUUUGAGUCCUCCGGCUACAGCCUACGUAAUUGGCGCAGUCGGUAGGAUACUCGGGUUAGUGCGCGAAAGACUUUUUCUCACAUCGAAACCGUCGUCGUCGCUAAUUGACUAUCAAGUCUUCACCGAGAUUCUACACCCACGAGGUCCACGCCGGAGUUAUCCAGACAUCGAUAGCCGCUCAGAGAAACCGAGAGAAAUGUUCAAGUUCCUGAUAGCCCUGAUUCUGAGCGUAGUAACGGCGAACGAGAUAAGGCUUGAAAGUUUGGAUGACGGCCCAGGCGUCCUACCCUUUAAACUCGGCCCUACGAGAUUGGUGACACACUACCACAGCUUUUUGCAGUAUAUAGAAUUAACUAAAAUAGAAGAUAGAAUAACUUCAGUUAGAACGCAAAUUUCAAAUAUAAAAAACAUAUUACGUAACGAUACUUAUAUGCUUUAUGAGGUGCAACUAACAUACUUAAUUUCAAAACUAGAUAAAGCUACUUACCAACUAACAAGCUUAGAGCCCCAUAGGGAGAAACGAGGUCUUGUAGACGGCCUAGGAUCCGUUAUUAAAAGUCUUACCGGUAAUUUGGAUUAUACUGAUGCCCUUAAAUAUAACGAUGCUAUCAAUACAUUAAAAAAUAAUCAGGAUAAAUUGUCAUCCCAAAUUAACAAUCAUAUCAGUCUUAGUAAAGAAUGGAUACUUCAUCAAUCUAGUGUAAUUUCUCAAAUAGCUAAUAACCAGAUUAAAAUUAAUGAAACGUUACAUUUACUUUUGGAUAAGGGAGUGUACGCAGAGAGCACUCUGAUUAAAUACGCUAAGCUCGCUCAAUUCCUAACUAUAAUUAGUGACAAUGUAGACGAGCUAUCUAACGAACUUCGUAGGAUAGAAGAUAUAAUAGCUUUUACACGUACAUCGAGUACGCACCACUCCAUGUUAGGCAUAGAUAUAUUAGGUAAAAUGUUAGAUAAACUUAAGGAAUUAUAUAAUAAGGAUCAGUUAUUAGAUAUAGAGCUAAGAGAAUAUUAUGACGUAAUGGAAACUGGUUCAUAUUACACCGGAACUCAAAUUGUAAUAGUCUUUAGAGUUCCUAUUAUAUCUCAUUUUAGUUACGAUUUAUAUAAAUUACCUAUAGCACCGAAUAGGAAUAGGCAGGUCCUUAUCCCACCUUAUCCUUUAAUAGCAACCAAUGGGGAAUCUUACGUGUACAUAGAGGCAGAAUGCCCGAAGCUAUCAACUCGGUACCUCUGUAAGGAAAAGGUCAACCAACAGAUUAGGACCGGCCCAGAUUGUAUCCAGAAGCUUAUCACCGAUCAAACUCUAGACGACUCCUGCCGCAAAACAACUAUAACUCUUCUGAAAGAAACCAUAGAAAAAUUAGAUGAUCGACAUUACGUUGUAGUACUCCCUCGACCGACGAAAGUUCAGCUUACCUGUGAACGAGAUGAAUUUAGAACCUUAGACGGAAGCUACCUAGUGAACAUCCCAUACCACUGUUCACUACGCACAACGGAGUUAACUAUCUAUAACUCUAAUGAUCGCGUGGAAGGACAACCUAUUAAAAUACUGAACAUACCUAUUGACAUUCAGACGAAUUCGGCAACCCAGCCUCCAAUCACUCUGGGAUCCAUCAACCUGGACGAGCUUCGCGAUAUUCAGGACAAAAUAAUAUCUCAGACGCCUACCCAAUUGGACAACCUAUCUACAUUAUCGCUCUACCAUACUACAAUCCCUCUCUAUGUAGUAAUGUUGAGUGCAGUCGUACUGAUCGCCAUAAUACUUUAUCAAAAAUAUGCCAAAUGUUCCCAGACGCCAAAUAAUCGACGUGAUCCAGCACACACAUAUGAAGAUCCAGAGAAUACCAGCGCCCCGCAUCCAGAUACCACGAAGAGAGCUGCAACAUUUUCAUUAAACAUCUUAAAAUAGUUGCAGAUCUAAGGGGGGAGAUGUUACGCGACAGUACCUAAAGGGAAUCGCUGACAUAUGACGACACUGCACACGGCACCAUUAUUUUGCCUAUGCUAUAUAAUUUCGCAAUAUGAAGUAAACUGCUGAUGCUGCGCCUCGUGCCUCGUGCCUGCUGGCCUACGUGACGACCCCGGCGCUUCACUUCGAUACUCACAUCGGUCGAGUCAAUAGGCUUUAGUUAUAAGUUAAUAAUUAAUUACUUUGUAAUACAUUUAAAUUUAAUUAAAUAGUUUAGAAAUCUU